AUGAAGAAAGGUAAUUCUGAUGAUCCACCUUUCUCUUCAAACGACGAGCCAACGUUGUCUGGAGAAGAAAGCAAGGAUCCGCUUAACAUUACUCCGCCACCAAUUCCUCCUCUGCUUGGUGGAGACUUAGUCCUUGGGCCUAUUGGUGACAUUGGCACUACGGAAGAAAGAAACUUGACAGAACAUCAUUCGGGCCAUUUUCGUGAGGACCCUCUUCGUUUUAUGAUGCAAAUGGGUGCAUUUUAUCAAGGAACGGGGUGGAGAAGUUAUAAAAACUAUAUCGGAACUCGAAUAUUUUACGAAGGAUACACUGAAGAGUUGAAAGAACGUGUAUUAAAUAGUGAACGUGUUCUUUACAUGAUCGCUUAUUUAGCUGAGAAGCAGGUCAACUUUCUUUCACAGACAUUUCCAAAUGCCACCCCAAAAAUGAUUGCUAAGCGAAAGAAAAAGUUUGAAAAAGAGCUACAAAUCGUGGCCAACGGAAUGGUGGAUAAGUUAAUUGCCGAUCUUAAUAGUAUACGGCGCGGAGGUGCAUUCUUUAUUCGACGAACAUGGGGUGAUGAUCAACUUUAUGGCAGUAUUGUAAAGGAGUACUUAGAGUGCUUAUUGGAAAGUGGUCAUAGUAUAGAAUGUUUUAUUGAAGGAACAAGAAAUUGGUUAAAAGCCGCAAUUUUGGCCAAAGGAGGACGUGUUAAAGAAUUUGGCGGUAUGAGUACUGCAGAGAUUGUCAAUCGUGCAAUGGUUGUGUUAAAAGAUUUGAUCAAGGAAAGGAAAGAUUUAUUGGAACCUGUAUUUUAUGCGGAGAAAAGAUUCGAAUUAAGCUUUUACCGUAACCAGCAAGGCGGUGCCAAGCCAACACAACGUUUAGAUAUUGAAACUCUUUUAACAGAAGUAGAGUUUCUUUCUCAGUUACUCAAGGGAGAAUUUGUGUAUAGACCUGGUGAAAUUAAGGAUAAUAUACAUAAAACCUUAAUAGGAUUGAAGAAUGAUAAUGUGUUUAAUUUUUGUGAUAAAUAUGUGGAAUUAUCUGAUGCCGAAAGAGCUAUUGGAAGAGAAAAUUAUGUCGUAAGUCUGUUUUCUAUGACUCCCACUAAUUCACACCGUCGACUGACGACACCGAUUGUAAAUAAAAACACAAAUAACAAACCUGUUCCUAUCACAUGGUUUAGUGAGAGGGAUUUUCAAAAUAAAUGCCAACUCUUUGGUAAAACUCUGUAUUAUCAAGGAGAUCUUUCUUAUUUUGAGGCAGUGAACAAGGAAACGUUAAAGAAUGCAUUUAUUUACCUGGAAGAUGCUGGUGUCAUCAUGCCUACUAUUGCUUUAGCACCUGAUUUUGUACCAACAAGGAACUCUGAUGGAGUCAUAGAAGCUAAGGGAGAACUGUGGAAUUUAGUUGAAAAAAUUGGAAAAUUUCGAAGGGAAGGAAAAAAUCGUAGAGAUAAUGCUACAGUUAGUUCAAGAGUGUUAAAGUUAGCAGAGAUGGUAGGCACUCCAACUACAGCUGAUGUAGAUGUGAUAACAAAUUUAACAACACAACCAGGUUUAAAAUGUUUAAAUAAAGGUGUUUCUUUAAAAUAUUCUAAUUUAGAAGCUUUUUUGAUUAAGUGGAUCAAAGAAAGAUGA